AUGGAUCGCUCCACGAAACCAAGCUUCAACUUUGUGAACCUCACACACCCCGACGAUCUCAAAAAUGAAGAAACCCAACUGCGCAUUCGACGUCUAGCUAUGACUGAGGUUGGUAAAGCGAGAAGAAAACCCAGAACGAAGAGGGCGCGCAAUGAAAUCAUCCUUGAGUUUCGGAAUCCGUCUGAGAGUCGCAUCGAUAUCGACCGGUUCGGUGGCGGUCAGCUUGAUCCCUUCAACCCCUACCCCAUUGAACUUGAUGACUCUGAUCGAGCCCUAUUAGCGAACAUCUUUACUACCGAAGACAGCAAUCAUCCUAGCCAGCUCCGUGGCUCCUGGUACCCCGUUGGACUCAGCGAUGCGGCAGCUUUUCACAACAUGCUUUCCAACUCGCAAAACUUCUUGUUCCAGAGGCGCAACGGAUAUUACCCUUCACAAGAUGAUGCCAUAGCGUUGAAAUAUCACAACAAGGCGCUUCGCCACACCACCCAGAUGAUGAACGAUCCGGCGAAGCGCACGAGUGAUGAAGCUAUAGGUGCUGUGGUUUCUUUCAUGAUCCACUUUGCUCUAUUGGGGAACUUUACCAGCAGUGAUUGGCAGAAACAUAGUAACGCACUAGUUAGAAUAGUAGGACUCAGGGGCGGAUUUCAUACCAUCGAGAAAGAGCACUUACGAGUUACGAUCAGCUGGGCAGACCUCAUAGGAAGCUUCUAUCAAGACCACCCUCCUAUUGUGCCAAUGCCACGACAAUGGAUAGUGGACUCGAAAUCUCCACCAAACUCCCCACGGACGUGUAACGGCAUAUCGUUAGUCUGGAAACAGGAGCUACCAAUGCAGCUUCACUUUGUCACCAUCUUUGAUGAUGUAGUCCAAUUGAUCUCUCUCGAUAGAGCUUUCAACGAGGAACAGUUGAUGCUUGCGAUUACGAGCGGUAGCUGGCUGGAACCGACAAUAUACCGCCUCUUAGCUAUACGUCCUCUAAACCACGGCAACGCCAGAGAGAACGUGGUCGAGGAGGUUUGUCGACUUGGAACUCUACUCUUCUUAGCACCAGUUUGGAGAAGUUUUGGUCAAUCACCAGUAUGGACGGCUGCUAUAUCGCGCAAUCUCCUCCUUGUACUCACGAGGAACAUGGUCGAAUGGAACGAUUUGAAGCCUUUACUCAUCUGGGUGCUCUACGCCGCCGCAAUCGAGACCAAGGAUCUGGCAGAACGGAGCCAGUUCGUAUUCAUGCUUGGCAUUCUGAUGAGCGGCAUGCAGCUCCAGGCGUGGAAUGAUAUCAUGUUGAUUGUGAAAACCGUAUUGUGGGUGGAAAAGGUUUUCGCAGGUACUGACGAGUUGAUUCGCGACGAGGUUAUGCAGAUCGUCAACCACAAUCCUAUGAAUAUGUUCCCGGUUGAAACUACGCCGCCGCCAAGUUUCUUGGACGACUUUGCGGCGGAAACAGGAUAG